AAUACAAUAUCUUCAUAUAUAUACUAUAUUAUAUUAACAUAUCUCUAACUCUCUCACACACACAAAAUCAUUCAUAACUCUCUCAAAACAUAUAUACAAACACAUUGCUCCUCCAGCUUUUGCCUUCCUUCACAGCCUGUCAAAAACAACAACAACAACAAGAUCAUUAUUCCAUUUUUCUAAUUCUUCUUGUUCCAAACCAAAUACCUUAUUUCAACUGCCAAGUGUCUUCAUGCUGUCUAUAUGACUUUUCUCCAAAUUCUCCAGAUGUUCUUGCACUGCUUGGAUUCAUCCGUCCUUUAAUCUUUUCUUUUUCCAACCAUGAUUCCACAAAAACCAUAACAAUAUUUAUCAUACACCUCUUUUAUAUUACUUACUUACUUUAUGGAAGAACUUGUUCAAUGAACUUCUUCAUAGAAACCUCCAAUUUUGCUACUUCUUACAACAGGAAUGGGAACAAAAAUUGAAUAUUCCAUAAAUCCACUAGCAUAUUUAGGAGACUGCAACAACUUCACAUUGAGUGGUGUUGAUGCCAGGGAACAUUAUCAGAACAAAGAAGCAAAAGUGAUUAACAAUCAUUGUAGUAUUGGUGUCAAUAGUUUGAAGAAUCCAAUGGACAGGAAGCUUAACAGAAACAACAUAGAAUCCAUCAAAAAGACAAUGCAAAUGCACGAGGACAUCUUCAAAAACCAGGUAAAGGAACUUCAUAGAGUAUACAAUGUGCAAAAGAUGCUAAUGGAUGAGCACAAAAAUCAAACCAAGCAAAAUAAAUUUUGGACCCCUAUGAAUGGCACUACCAUAGGUAUAAACCAACCUUAUUUUGUUCAACAACCAACACAAAUUUCAUUUAGCCAUGUUCAAAUUUUGAAAGAGGAUUUAAUGAUAAAGGAAAGAAGUGGAAGCAAUUCAGGAGAUAUAAUAAUCAAAAAGAGAGAAAUAGAUUUUGAUCUUGAAAAGCCAGCAAGAAGUGAUUGUGAUGAAGAAGAUAUGGAAGUGGAUUUAACUUUAUGUAUAGGAGGAAGCAACCAAACAAAGAAUAAGAAGAAAAAGUCUUAUAAUUUGCUUCCAUUACCAAAUUCUUAUGUCUCUUUUCAAUCAGAUAGAAUUGGAGAUUGUAGUGACCCUACCACUCCAAUGAGCAGCUCUAGUGUUACAUUUGAUCAAGAUAAAAAGGUUCCACAUUGGUUUUCUCAAGGUUUAAAGCUUAAAUAGAGACUUUAAUUAACUUGUUUAAUUGUAAUAUUAUUAUGAUUAUGAUUAUGAUUAUGAUUAUUAUUCCUCUUUACUAAACAUGGACCACUUGAAUUUCUAUAUGGUUUCAUGUGAUGUGAUCAUAUAUUCCAAUAAAAUGGAUAACUUAUAUUUAUAGUUUCUUCA